AGGCCUCUAUGUGCAGCAGAUCAUCAUCAUCAACUAGACGCAAUACACAAUGACUGGCUCCAGGUUCAGCAGAGAGUAUCCUAAUGUCUCACGCAUCAUCGGCAAAAAUGAAAAUUUAAAAUAUGCCAAACCCGGUUUCAAAAGGUCCUCUGAGCAAUCAUUUUAUAUCUUUCCAAACCAAUUGUGCACGGUCCGUCUGAGUGGGAACAUGGGCCAAAAUGGUCCGUUGAAACUGCUAGAAAGUCUAUAUCUGUUUACUAUCACAAAAAUCAAUGCUUGCAAAAAGGCAGUGUACAACAUCCGUUUUCCUGAAACAGAGCUAGUGCAACAUGUGAAGGAACAUGCUGUUGUCGACUUCUUCGAAAGAAAAAGGAAGGAUUCAGGCAUACUUGUAAAGCAGUGCAACAGUAGCAAAGCUCUUACAUCCGGUUCAAAUGCUUCGCCCAGUUUUCUGUUUGGAAAGAGGAGGGAAACAUUUGACGUCUACCUUCGGUUUCUAUUUGGAAUAGUAGUUCCCAAACCCUUGUCUGCUUUUGAAACUCCACCAAACUAUCGUGACACAAAAUACCAAGUAGUAGAACCAUACAUCGUCUCCCAAGUUCUGGAACGAAUCUUUGAGCUUGUUUUGACUUUUGAAGACCCGGUACAAACGUCCAUCCAUUAUAAAAUCGCUACCCUUAUUCUGAUAGCAUGGAACAAUCGCUGCAUUCCGAAAGAAGGUGUUAGACUGGAAUAUUUCCUUUCGUUUUUCAUCCGAAGUCUUGGCAUAUAUGUUAACGCUUGCAUCAAAGAGGCAAAAGAAAACAGUCAGGUUGACUCCAAACCAAUAGAUGUAGAAACAGACAAGCCCGUUGACCAAGAGCAAGUUCAAGCUGGAGCUCGAGUUCCCGCUAUGACAAAAGCCGGUCUGAAGGAACACAUGGCGUCACUAAGGCAGAUGUGGUGCCAGGAGUUCUCUGCCGGUUUAGCCGAGGACUUGCUGUGCGAAGAUCGGCAGCGAGCUCUCCGCCGUUUCGGUAGAGAAAAGGGCCUGAAACAGUACGAGAUAGACAACAUCCUGAACGCCAGCAGCGCCAGUCUCAAGGAGAAGGGGCUCGCACUGAUGGACGCCUGGCAGCACGGGCGGUGUGGCUCCAUCGUGCGGAGUGGGAAGGAACUGCAGCAGGAACAUUUUGAGGAGACGCUGAAAGCUUUGAGCAGACGUGGUAGAAACUCACACAAAGAUAGGGAGUCUAAGGCCCCCUCUCCACCAGACGGCGGUCUCUGAGCAGAAUGUUCAGGAAGCAAAAUUUGAUUUGUGCAACCCUUAAUUUCAUAUCAUAAUUAGAAUAUGAUGCAAUUUGUAAAAGGAAAUAAUUGUUGAGGCACUGAAAGCUCUUGCCAAAAAUAGUUAAACACGGAACACGAAGAUAUAGAAACUAAGGCUACCUUUCCACCAUACAGUGAUCUACGAGCGACCGUACACCAAGCAAGAUUUGAUGUAGAAUACUUGAACCUUGAUUUUAUAUUAUAGGUAAUGUUUUUAUUGAUAUCUUUUGUGGAUCUAUGAACUUGCUGAGAUCAUAUUUGUACUUUUCAUGAUCUAUAUUAAUACAUAUGGACUUGCUAGCUGAUGAGGUUCUAUUUCAUAAGAAUGUACUUUUGUGGAUCUAUGGACUUGCUGAAAUCCUAUGUGUACAUUUGUAAACCUAUGAACUUUGUGAACCUAUAGAUUGCAUCUAUUUACUUAGUAGUACUUUUGUGGAUCUAUAUGGACUUCUCUGAGAUCCUAAGGACGGUCUCUUGGAUUGGUGGUUCGUACCUCUUUGGUUUGUUACCUUCUGUA